AUGGCAGAUCGCAAAUCUGCCUAUGGGGCACCUGCCUCCGAUACUGACUUCCGGAGAACCUGGGACAAGGCAGAAUACGAGGCCAAGGGGAAGAAAGAGGCUGAAGAACGAAGGGAAGAGGCAAAAGCCCGAUAUGAAGCAAAACUAGAGGGCAAGAAAUGGCACAAGCCUGUCGAUUUCUCCUCUCUGGAUUCCACCUCUGCGCGUGGCUCAAGAUUGGAUGUUGCUUCCAUGGUAGGCAAGAGUACUCUGGUUCCUGCUGGCGCAGGUGUCGGAAAACGAGGCCGUGGUGCUGGUUUCUAUUGUGAGGCUUGCGAUCUCACCUACAAAGACAAUGUGCAAUAUAUCGAGCAUCUAAACUCCAAGCAACAUCUCAUCAACACUGGUCAAUCCGGAGAGGUCAAGAGGGCCACUUUGAAGGACGUUAGAGAAAGACUGGAGAUGCUCAAGGCCCGCAAGAGAGCACAGGAGGAGGAGGACAGAAGGCUAGGCGAGGUUGACAUUCAAGCCAGGAUUAAAAAGGCAGAGGAAAUUGAUGCUGCUGAGCGUGAAGAAAAACGGCGAAAACGGAAUGAGAAACGAAGAAAGGGUAAUGGAGAAACUGGGAUCAAGAAAGAAGAAGAAUGGGAAGGUCGUUUAGGGAUUAUCACCUGA